AAAAACCAAAACCCUAACUGGUAUUUCUUCUCAGACGCCGCGCAGCUCCCACCUCUCUGUUUCACCCGAUUUCCUCUGUGCCCGUCCACCGAACAAACCGAAGAUGAGUCGAGGAAGUGCAGCGGCUCCCAAGGGGAAGAAGAAGGGAGCAACAUUCACCAUUGAUUGCGGGAAGCCGGUGGAGGACAAGAUCAUGGAUAUUGCGUCCCUCGAGAAGUUUCUUCAGGAGAGGAUUAAGGUUGGAGGCAAGGCCGGUGCUCUUGGCGACACGGUCACUGUUACCCGCGAGAAGAGCAAGAUUACUGUUACUUCUGAAAGUACCUUCUCCAAGAGGUAUUUGAAGUACUUGACAAAGAAGUAUUUGAAGAAGCACAAUGUACGUGAUUGGCUCCGAGUGAUUGCGUCCAACAAGGACCGAAAUGUUUAUGAACUGAGGUACUUCAACAUUGCAGAGAACGAGGGCGAGGAGGAAGAUUAAAAACUCUGCAAUGUUUUAUUUGUCAAAGCACUUGAUUUUCUUGUUGUCUAGUUGGAAGUUCCUUUAGUUUUGCCAAUGUGACGGUGCUUUUUAUUGAAACUAGUCUACUUCACAAUUUUGUUUAUUAAAUUAGAGAUUUUGAAAUAUUGCUGUUGUUGGAUGAAAAUACUUCAGAAUGUUUGAGCGUGAA